AUAAAAAUUUCAUGUACUCUCUACGGCUAUGAGUGUUCUAACGCACUAUUCCUUGUCACGAAUGUUCCCGUUGUUGCCUAAGAGAAUACGAUCAAUUAUUUAAGACUUCUGUCUUAAGUACUGCAGUAUUUGAAAUCAUCAAUACGAACGGUUCCUCAGUUCCAAAUCUGUUGUCAUCACCGCACCAAGUUGACGUUCAGUGACUACUAGAUCAUAAGCAAAACGUUGUCCAUUUUUGCAGAUGAUCUAGUGGUCAUUUCUCCCUCACUUUUCUUUCUCCGUCAAACUCACUGCCUUGAGUUCGUAACAUGCUAAUUUAACGGCAAAACCAUCAUCACGUUAGAGACCCAUCCGGCGGAUACAUCAGACAUGUUAACGGAGCUUUUCAGUGGAAUCAUGAUGACUUUGCCUCUGCUCGUCAUCCUUCAUUCUGCGCAGCCUGGUGUACUAUCUUCCAUAAACAACUGUUUAACAGGAGGAUUCUUCUUCGCUUCAGGAAGAAACAUGAUAAACAACUAUGCCCUUCGGGGUCACCUGUUACGUCAGAUGACUGUAACACAGCCAAUCAGAUGCUUUGAAAAGUGCCAGUCUGACUGUCGGUGCAUCUCGUUCAAUUAUCUGACCGAUGUGAAUAAAAAUAACUGCGAGCUUAAUGAGGAAAGUAGGUAUACCAAUUUCAGUGCGUUGAAGCCUCUAGAGGGAUCGCAGUACUACGAUCUAAUCGUCAGCUAUGAUAUUAGGACAAACGUCCCCUUGGCUGAGUGUUACAAUGGAUGUUGUGCAACUCAGACCUGCUUUAACGGUGGAACAUGUCACGAGACUUGUGACGUCACAGGCAAGCGAUUCAAGUGUUCAUGCAAGCCAAACAUCGUUGGAAAGUUCUGUGAAACUGCCACAUGCUCCACUCCUGGCUGGCUCAGAGUUAACAAUUCAUGCUAUAAGGAGUUUAAUGAACAGGUAAACUGGUUCACUGCUCAACAAGCGUGUCAAAACUUGAACAGCAAUCUUACAUCCAUUCAUUCAGAUGCAGAAAACAAGGUUAUUCGGGAAAAGGUUGCAUCAUCAAUUUAUUCAAGAUACUGGAUUGGACUUAACAACUUAAGAAACAACUCCGUGUUUGAAUGGAAUGAUGGAUCUUCUGUGUCAUUCACUAAAUGGUAUCCUGAUGAACCAAAUAAUAGCGGAGACGAAAAUUGUACUGAGGUCGUGGAUAACGUCGCUGGCGAAUGGAAUGAUUUGAACUGUUAUACUCAUUACAGGAGUUACGUCUGUGAAAAGCAAUGGAACCUUUGAAGUCUUUCACUUUGAAGAACUUUACUUUUGAUCACGAUGCUCUCUUGUUUCAAGCCAUGAAUUUUAUCUCUGUAGGAUGUAAAAUAUCUC